ACAUGGCCUCCAUCACUCUGCCACCUUCAAACGCCAAGUAUGCAUUCAGUAUCCUGGAGAAUGUAUUCAAGCAAGGACUUCCCGAUACUGAUGCCGAUACUUUCGAAUACGCAAAAGAGAACUUUGGUCUUAUCCAGCGGGAGUAUCCUUCAGAUGCCACUCUCGAAGACGCGGCAACCAAAACACAAUGGCAGAGAUUCGAACACUAUAUCCGUGACUUGAAUGCCCACGCCGAAGAAGGUGUCGAGUACAAAGUCUUGUACUUGGGCAGACACGGACAAGGAUUCCACAAUGUCGCCGAAAGCAGAUAUGGCACAAAACUCUGGGAUGACUACUGGGCCAAACAAGAAGGCGAUGAAUACGCUCACUGGGCAGACGCACACUUGACACCCAUUGGCGAACAACAAGCCCUCGACGUAAACGCUUUCUGGACGACCGCUCUCUCGCAACAAAAAGUCCCUGCCCCAGAGACUUACUACACAUCCCCCUUCUAUCGCUGCCUCCAGACCUCCUGGCUCUCUUUCCAUUCCCUGUCUUUGCCAGAAGAUAAAUCCUUCAAGCCCAUCGUCAAAGAACUCCUCCGCGAAACCAACGGCGUACACACCUGCGACCGCCGCGGUCCCUCCUCAAUAAUCCGCAAAGACUUUCCAACCUACAUUUUGGAGCAAGGCUUGCCAGAAACAGAUGUUUCGUGGACGCCUGCUCAUCGCGAGACACCCGCUGAACAUGUUCUCCGCGAACACGUGUGUCUAGAGCAGAUUUGGGAGGAACAGAGUAACGGAAGAGUGUUUUUGUCAUUGACGGCGCAUUCGGGGACCAUUGCUGCUCUUUUGGGGGCGGUGGGGCAUAGGAGGUUUGCGUUGCCCACUGGAGGAGUGAUUCCGGUUGCUGUCAAAGGGCAAAAGUUGAUG